UAAAAACAUUCAAACAUUUCGGAACCUUGAUCCAGUGCAUAUGUUCCGAUGGAAUUUAAUCCCAAUUGUAACACAUAAACAGCGACGUAGUCGAGCUUGUUUUUUGUGCUACAAUUAACCGACUAAAACUCCAAAUACAACCCCGAGACACGCGAAAUCCGGAACACCCCCCCAAACACAAACAAAUAUCUAACGAUGGACUUCGCGGCGAUGAUGGCGGCGCAAAUCGCCAAGGCCAAAGGCAGCACGGCGUCAAAAUCCACCUCAUCAGACCCCGCUGCCAAUGCCAACAGCAGCAAAGCAGCACCCGCCAAAAAGUUCAUCACCAACGCCGAAGCCGAACGGCAGCGCGAAGCUGCGUACCGCGCCGAGCAGGCCCGGCUGGCCGCGGAGCGCGAGGCCAAAGCGGUGGCCAAGCGCAAGCGGGAGGACGAAGCGGCCGCCGAGGCCAAGGCGCGCGAGCAGAAGCGGCAGCGGCUGGCGGAGGAGUCGCGGCGGCGGAGGGAGGAGAAGGAGGCCGAGGAGGAAAGGCUGCGCAGGGAGAGGCUGGGCUUGCCGCCGCUGCCCGAGACAGAUGGGGCCGACGAAAAGGCGCAAGGUUCGGACGACGAGGACGAGGGCGCGCCGAGCGAGCAGGAGAUUAGGAGGCUGUUGAGGGAAAGAGGCCUGCCCGUCUGCCUGUUUGGGGAGACGAGGAGGGCGAGGCUGCGGAGGUUGCGCCUGUCGGAUGACGUGCCGAUCCCUACAACCCUUCAGGCUGUCGAUGAGAAGGAUAUGAAGCUCGACGGAAAGAUGCCUGACGACAAGGCGGGGCGGAAACUUCUCGCGAGGAAGCUUACGAGCUAUUUCAACAUGGUGCUGGCACAAUGGGAGGAGACAUUACGGCGUGAAGGGGAGAUGUCUGGGAGCAAGGAGUACAGCACCAUGGCCCAGAGUAGAGAUACAUUGAGGCCGCUAUUUCGCAAACUUGAGAAGCGCGAGCUAGACGACGAAAUUCUCAAAGCCAUUCUCGAAAUUGUGCAAGCAGCUCAAGAAAGGCGAUAUGUCGAUGCGAAUGAUGGUUAUCUCCGCCUCAGUAUCGGUAAAGCAGCAUGGCCGAUUGGUGUUACCAUGGUGGGUAUCCACGAGCGAAGUGCUCGAGAGAAACUGCACAAUGGAGAAAAGGGCCAUGUCAUGGGUGAUGAAGUCACGCGCAAGUACCUACAGAGCAUCAAACGCAUGUUGACCUUUGCCCAAACGAGGUGGCCGCCCCAAGAUAUAAAUCAGUUAAUGGGCUGAUACGGCCAAGAGGCUCCAGAAAGAGCUUGCGGGGUUGCACCGUUCACUUGGUCACUGCUUGGAUCAUUGUUUAGACGAAGAGGACGGCUGGAAGAUUUACUGUGUAUGGUGUGCUGUGCGCCUGUAAUUUAUUUUUUUUCGUAAUCACGUCACCUAGAAGUCCGAGCCUAACAACCGAGGGCCUGUUUUAGAAUUGAGAUACCCAUUGAGUUCGUCGUUCCAUUGAGGUCUUGAUGAAAUCAUCAUACAGCGAGCUCUCAAAAUACGGAUGCCAUCGCUGAAGAACUGCC